AUGUCUGACAACGGAACAAAUUUCGUAGGUGCUGAACGAACUCUUCGAUUGGAGUAUGAGAAUUUUAUUAAAAAUGCGUCUGAAGAUAUCGCAGCAAAUUAUGCAUCUCGAGGUUUUCAAUGGUCCUUUAUUCCACCUAAUGCCCCUCACAUGGGAGGAUUAUGGGAAGCUGGGGUGAAAUCUUUUAAGAGUCAUUUUAAAAAAAUAACACAGAAUAGCAAAUACACGUUUGAAGAAUUCACUACCCUUUUAACCCGAAUUGAGUCAGUCUUGAAUUCACGACCUUUAUCUCCUAUGUCCGAUGACCCAAAUGAGCUAUUAGCUCUCACUCCUGGCCACUUUUUACGCGGCGCACCUCUCUUGUCUCUUCCAGAAGCUCCUAUGGAAACCCUUACCUUAAGAGAUAGGUGGGAAAAAUUAAAAUUCAUACACCAUCAAUUCGCACAACGAUGGAAAGAUGAAUAUCUCAAGGAACUUCAAAAGAGAUACAAGUGGCAAAAUUCAGAAGAAAAUUUAUGUGUAGGUCAACUGGUCGUUGUUAAGGAUGAUUUACUUCCCCCUAAUGAAUGGAGAUUAGGUCGAGUCGUAAAA